AUGGAAAUCGCAAGUCAAGAUCAAGAUCAUGAUAUGCCCAUCCCUUUAAGCACUACAUUUGUUGGUGGUGGUGGUCAUGGUCACAUGAUCCAUCACCAUCAUGAUCAUCAUGCUGCUAAUUCUGCUCCUCCAACUCACAACAUCAACAACAACACUACUACUCAACCACCACAAAUGACGUUACAUGGUAAUGGUAAUGGUCAUGGCAACAGUCAUGAUCAUCAUCCUCAUCAUCAAGAUCCUCAUCAUGUGGGUUACAACGCCAUCAUCAAGAAGCCUAUGAUAAGGUACAAGGAGUGUCUCAAGAACCAUGCAGCAGCUAUGGGAGGCAAUGCUACUGAUGGCUGUGGAGAGUUUAUGCCGAGUGGUGAAGAUGGCUCCAUUGAAGCUCUCACUUGCUCAGCUUGCAAUUGCCACAGAAACUUCCAUAGAAAAGAAGUCGAAGGCGAAACCACCGCCACCGCCAUUUCCACUUUCCACCAACCGCCUCCACCGCGAAAACUCAUGCUCAACCACCAUAAUAUCAGAUCAGCCAUGCCUCACCAAAUGAUCAUGCCAAUCGGAGUUUCUAACUACCGGUACAUGCAUAACUCUGAGUCCGAGGACUUUAUGGAGGAAGAUGGAGUAACCACAGCGUCUAGACCACUACCGCACCCGCCAUAUAACCAGAAGAAGAGGUUUAGGACGAAGUUCACGCCGGAACAGAAGGAGAAGAUGCUGAGUUUUGCUGAGAGAGUUGGGUGGAAGAUACAACGGCAAGAAGAUUGUGUUGUUCAGAGGUUUUGUGAAGAGAUUGGAGUGAAGAGAAGAGUCCUUAAGGUUUGGAUGCACAACAACAAACUUCAUUUCUCCAAGAAGAACAACAUUAACCUUGAAGACAACGACAACGAAAAGAUCAACAAUCUUAACAAUGUUGAUCUGUCUGGUAAUAACGACAUCACUAAGAUCGUCCCAUGA